AACAUUGCACUCUCAGGACUCUGCAGACUAACAUGCGUUACUGGACCCCGGUGCAGUUUAUUUAGUAUUCCGGAUUGGGGAAAAAACAUCUUCAGAAAUGACCAUGGAACUGACCGGAGAGCAACUGAAAAUAACUGAGACCCGACUGAAAAAAUAUUUACCUCGGUCGCAACAGGUUUACGGUUAUUUGGUCCUAAUGAACAGACCAGAUCAGGUCAGAGCAGACCCUGUCAAGGUUUUAGUGGACAGGUGGCCAGAGUUCAAUGUCAUUAUCUGCAAACCACAAUAUGAAAAGAAGGGUGAUCUCUUCAAAGACACACUGGUUUUCGCAAAGGAUGAAGCUAUUCUAGAGGAAACCAUAAGGAAGUCCUCUGUUAUUGAUUGGACCAGAUUCCUUUGUCUUGGAAUCAAUCUUCGCCACGUUGAUACAUUCAAAGCGGUGGCCUCAGAAAAAAAUGUUCCCAGCUGCAAACUGGCAGUGUGUCACAUGAUGAUACUGAAGGAUGUAUCCGACCUUCCCUCUAUAGACAGCUCCGGGAUCUCACUCAGCUCUAUGGACGAAUCGCACGUUGGCUUGGUGAAUCAGGCGUGGAAGUUUGCAAAGACGGGGGAUGCUGUCAGGAUGAUCCGGAACAUGCUCGCAAACUUCCCCUCCUGCUGCGUGCUGGAUGCAGAAGCAAAACCAGUGGCCUGGAUCCUGACCUAUCCGACGUGUGCCAUGGGGAUGCUGCACACUCUGCCAGAGCACAGGGGGAAAGGCUACGCCAAAGUCCUGGUCAGCACCAUGGCCAAGAGACUCCACGCUCAGGGCUACCCAGUGUACUGCUUCAUAGAGGAGGAGAAUGAGGUCUCCUACAAUCUCUUUAAAAACCUGGGCUUCACUGAGGAUCCCUCGCACAGGGAAGCCUGGUUUCAAUUCAAUGAUCUUUAAAUACCUCAAAGAAGGGUAAUAUGUAUGUGUAAUAU